AGAGGAGAGCCUACGAACCAAUUGGAGAAGGUUCGAAUAUAUUGGAAACACUGAACCGACGUAACAGCCACGUUAUCAAUGACGUCACAAAUUUCAUGAACAUAUAUAUUUAAAGACCAAAGAUUUGUUUUCCUUUUUUUUUUUGAAAGAUACUUUGCCUAUUUCAUUCAUAUUUUGCUUUUAAAGAGAAUUUUAUUAUUCUUCGAAAAUCGAAAGAUCGAUGGCUCUCGAUAUCUGCGUCAAGGUUGCCGUCGGUGCUCCUGAUGUUCUCGGAGAUUGUCCGUUUAGCCAACGUGUUCUUCUGACCCUUGAGGAGAAGAAGCUUCCUUACAAGACCCAUCUGAUUAACGUCUCCGACAAACCUCAGUGGUUCUUAGACAUUAGUCCGGAGGGGAAAGUUCCGGUGGUGAAGCUUGAUGGCAAAUGGGUGGCUGAUUCAGAUGUUAUCGUUGGACUUCUUGAGGAGAAAUAUCCAGAGCCUUCUCUCAAGACUCCUCCUGAAUUCGCCUCCGUGGGAUCCAAAAUCUUUGGUGCUUUUGUGACUUUCUUGAAGAGCAAAGACGCUAAUGACGGAUCCGAGAAGGCGUUGGUUGAUGAGUUAGAAGCGUUGGAGAAUCACUUGAAGACACAUUCUGGUCCUUUUGUUGCUGGAGAGAAAGUUACUGCAGUGGAUUUGAGUUUAGCACCAAAGCUUUACCAUCUUGAGGUUGCUCUUGGUCAUUACAAGAACUGGUCUGUCCCUGAGAGCUUGACCAAUGUUCGUAACUACGCCAAGGCUUUGUUCUCUAGAGAGUCGUUCGAGAAAACCAAGGCUAAGAAAGAGAUUGUGGUUGCGGGUUGGGAAUCGAAGGUGAAAGCGUGAUGUGGAUCCAUGCUUCUCUAGUUAAUGUUGCUUUACAACUAUUCGUCACCGAAUCAUGAAAAUGCACGAAUAUAUGCGUGUGUUCUUGUUUUUGUUAGAGAUGUUUAUCUCCUAUCAAUAAUGAUGCAAUAAAACCAUCAUAUCUUUUUAUUCA